AACGCUGCCCACCUAUAUAAAAACAGACACAAACUGAACCAUCAAUAACUCCAUUCACCCACUAUCCAUUCCCAUCACCGAAACCAUCGCCAUGAAACAACAACUCAGAAGAACUCUCGUUACUGUCGCCAUUCUUAUUAACCUACCCUUUUUUUCUCGUUCCUCCGGCCACGACUACGAAGACGCAUUAUCUAAGUCAAUAUUGUUUUUUGAAGGCCAAAGGUCAGGCUACUUGCCGCAAGACCAACGCAUAACUUGGCGUUCAAAUUCCGGCCUGAGCGACGGCUGGACCUAUAACACGAGCUUGGUUGGCGGGUACUACGACGCCGGUGAUAAUGUCAAGUUUAAUUUCCCCAUGGCUUUCACCACCACUCUUUUAUCGUGGAGCGUCAUCGAAUUCGGAGACUCAAUGCCGCCGAAUGAACUCAGAAAUGCUCUGGUUGCCAUCCGUUGGGCCACUGAUUAUUUACUCAAAACUGUUUCUCAGCCUAACCGGAUUUUUGUACAGGUGGGUGAUCCAAAUAUAGAUCAUAAUUGUUGGGAGAGACCUGAGGACAUGGACACUGCUAGGACUGUUUAUGCUGUUGAUGCACCAAACCCAGCUUCUGAUGUUGCUGGUGAGACUGCAGCUGCUCUUGCUGCUUCAUCCAUGGCAUUCCGGUCGUCGGACCCGGGAUAUGCACAGACAUUAUUAAGGGCUGCAGUAAGCAUCUUCCAAUUUGCAGACACCUACAGGGGAGCUUAUAGUGAUAACUCCUAUAUUAAACAGGGUGCCUGCCCAUUUUAUUGUGAUUUUGAUGGAUAUCAAGAUGAAUUGCUAUGGGGUGCAGCUUGGUUAAGGAGAGCCUCUCAAGAUGAUUCUUACCUUAAUUACAUUGAAACCAAUGGCGAAACACUUGGUGCUGAUGAAAAUAUAAAUGAGUUUGGGUGGGACAACAAGCAUGCUGGUAUAAAUGUUCUAGUUUCCAAGGAAGUCCUGGAAGGAAACAUGUACUCACUACAAUCAUACAAAGCCUCUGCUGAUAGCUUCAUGUGUACAUUGAUCCCAGAAUCAUCAGCAUCCCACAUAGAUUUCACCCCUGGUGGCCUAAUUUACAGGCCUGGAGGCAGCAACCUUCAACAUGCCACAACAAUUUCAUUUCUGCUUCUGGUUUAUGCAAAUUACCUGUCUAAAACUUCACAAACUGUCAAUUGUGGAAGUUUAUAUGUUACUCCAGCUUCGCUUCGCCAACAAGCCAAGAAACAGGUUGAUUACAUUUUAGGAGAUAACCCUAAGGGAUUAUCAUACAUGGUUGGUUAUGGAAACAGUUACCCGCAACGUAUUCACCACCGUGGCUCAUCGUUACCAUCAAUUAAGGACCAUCCUCAAUUUAUUGCCUGCAAGGAGGGUUCAAUUUAUUUUAACUCGACGAAUCCUAAUCCUAAUGUAUUGGUUGGAGCUGUGGUUGGAGGACCUGGAGAAGAUGAUGAGUAUGAGGAUGAUAGGAUUGAUUUCAGGAAGUCUGAACCAACAACAUACAUUAAUGCACCAUUUGUCGGUGUUCUUGCUUAUUUUGCUGCUAAUCCUUCCCCUAGUUAGCACAAAAAAAGAAGCUCAAUUUGUACAUAAUUCAGCAUUUUUCAGCUGUUUGAAAGUAGGAAAAAGUGGUCUCUCAUCUUGGAUGAAAGAAACCAAGAGGGAAGAGGCUUUGUUUAGUUCCUCAAGUUUUACAGAUUGACAAGAACUCCUUGUUAUUUACAAUGUAAAAUCCCAGAAGGGUUUCAUUAAUGGAAAUUUUUCAUCCUCCGAAUUCUUCCAAUCA